AUGCCUGGAAGUCAGAAUAUUAAUGAUUUGAUAGAUAUAUCUCCGUUAUUAUUUACUGAUCCCCUCUUCCCAAGUCUGUCUAAAAAGCGUGUUAGUGAAUCUAUCAGCAAAUCAUCUAGCAAGAAAGUGAAGGUAAAAAAUGAAGAUUCAUCUAUGUUAAAAAAACUUAUCAAGGAGUUAUCAUCACCAAGCUCUUCGAGUACCACCUCUUUGCAAACAGUCACGAGCUCAAGUAAUUUUAUUGACCUGUACAAUGUGCUUAUUAAGGCCGAAGAACAAGUGGGAACCACAAAUCAGGAAGUUAUUAGGAGCUAUUUUGCAUUUAGGAAAAAACUUGAGGAUAGGUUCGAGUAUUAUAAAAAAAGUAAUAGAGACCGUAAGGCUAAGAAAAAACUUAUCGAUGAGGUCACAGAACAGCUCCCUAACGACCUUUCGAGGAAUGCAAUCGAGAAAAGACUAGAAAGAGCAAGGAAGAUUUAUUACCUUUUCAGUAAUAUUGGAUAUGAGAAGAUACAACUGGUAAAAUCUUAUUCUGCAUUGAGAAUUUCUAAAUUAAGUUGGGACGAGAUCGAUGCUAUAGAAGAAAAGUUUAAAUAG